AAGAAUGAAAAGCAAUUUCAAGGGAUGAUAUAUUGAUUAUGUUUUCAGAGUUCCGUGAGUGCUUUUUCCUGUUUGCUCGCAGUGGUCAGAUUCGAACCCUGGAUGAGUUGACUGUGAUCAUGCGGUCCCUAGGGAUGAGUCCCACCAUCUCUGAACUCAAGAGCUAUUUAAAGGAGAAAGGUGGAAAGAUGUCUUUCCCAGAUUUCCUGAAGGUGAUGCAUAGCCACAGUAGAGCAGAGAACCUGCCCAAAGAAGUAGUAGAUGCCUUCAGAGCAGCAGAUCCAAGCAAGAAGGGCAUGAUCCCUGCGUCACAGCUGAGACACAUGCUGCUGCAUUGGGGCGAGCAGCUGAGCACUAAAGAAGUGGAUCAAAUAUUCAGAGAAGCCAAUGUGUCUCCCAAUGGCUUAGUCAAGUACGAAGACUUUGUCAAGAUUUGUUGUGCCCCAGUGCCUGAUUAUUAUUGACAGUUUUGUAAAUUCUUUGUCGAGGUGGCGGACAUUAUUCAUUCCAUAUCAUUGCAUUUUUAAUUAAUGUAUUCAUGUAAAAAUAUUCAGUAGGUUAGUUAUCAAAGAAUGUUAUUUAUUUUAAUAUAAAUAUAUAUUUUACUAUUUUUA